AAUCGUCGACAGUCGUUGAAACGUCUUGGUCCAGCAGAGACCUUAGUUGAACACAUUCACUUGUAUUUUAACAAAACAAUUUCCACACAUCAAAAGUGUUUUUCGUGUGUGUGUGUGUUAGUGUGUGUCCAGUGUGCGUGAGUGAAAAUAAAAAACGCAUCAAAUGCCAAUUGAAUUAGAAUAAUCAAAAAAGGGAAGUCGACGAUUCACGUCAAUGCAGAGCCAAGUGAAUCCCGUGUGAGCUGGAAAAAAUCGAACACUUUCGAUUAUCGUUCGAUUUUGUUGGUUUGUUUGUUUCGGAUCGUUCAUCUUUCGGGAGGUAAUCCCGUCCAAAGACUCUGAGCCAUGGCCAUCGGCGUGUUGUGGUUGGGUGCGAUGUUGACGCUGUGCUGUUGGACCGUUUGGUCGGUUGAUGGAUUAACAUCGGGACCGGGUGCUGCGACCGGCCAACUGGGCAGUGCCAUCAGCGGUGGAAGUAACAGCGGGAAUAGUGGCAGCAGCAGUCCAGUGUUGGCCGUCAAGAAAGACGCCCGUUGCGAAGAGAUUACCAUCCCCAUGUGCCGAGGGAUCGGCUACAACUGGACGUCCAUGCCCAACUCCCUGCAUCACGAAACCCAAGAAGAGGCAGGACUGGAAGUGCAUCAAUUCUGGCCUUUGGUGGAGAUCCAGUGCUCGCCCGACAUGCGGUUCUUCCUGUGCUCCAUCUACGCUCCCAUUUGCAUCCAGGACUACCCGACAUCGAUCCCGGCAUGCAAAUCCGUUUGUCUGCGGGCUGAAUCCGGAUGUGCUCCCUUAAUGCGCAAAUACGGAUUCGCCUGGCCAGACCGGAUGCAAUGCGACAAAUUCCCAAACUUUGGCGACCCGCAGAAUCUCUGCAUGGACGCCCGCAACGGAAGUUUACCUCCGCCGACAGUCGCCCCUCCUCCGUCGCAGCUUUUACCGCUUCCGCCGGAAUCGGUGGAGCCGUUGGACAGGCCUAAACAGCGGCCAGGAUUGAUUCCGCAUCCCAAAACCAACUGCAAAGGACCCAACAAACGUCUUUGCUCGCCGGAUGAAUUGCUGAUGAAUUCCGGCAGUUCAUCCACUUCCUGCGAGUGCCAAUGCCGUCCGCCUCUCAUCCGGCUGGGACCCAACGACGGCCGCUACAACCGCAGUUCCAGUUUGAGCGUCGGAGGCAUCCCCAACUGUCUGCUACCUUGUUCCAGUCCAUUCUUCUCCGAAGAUGAGCAAUGGUUCGCAUCCUUGUGGAUCGCACUCUGGGCCGCCAUCGCCGCCCUCUCAUCCGCCCUCACCUUCGCCACAUUUCUCAUCGAUCGCCCUCGAUUCAGGUAUCCAGAAAGACCAUUGAUCUUUCUGUCGGCUUGUUACGUCGGUCUGAGUCUCGGCUAUCUGGUGAGGAUCGUCGUCGGUGGCCGGGACGUGGUUGCCUGCGAAGGCAACGCCAUCCGUUACGGCGCCGCUCCGUCGCUCAUCACCACUGGAACCGGAGCCAGUUUUAUAGGCGUCAGCAGCUCCACUUCCAGUCCGGCCUGCGUCGUCACCUUCUUACUCGUCUACUUUUUCGGACAGGCCGCCGGAUUGUGGUGGGUGAUCCUGUCUCUGACCUGGUUCUUGGCUGCUGGACGCAAAUGGGGAAGUGAGGCCAUCGCUAGAUGCUCUCCCUACUUCCACCUAGUGGCCUGGACUAUUCCGGCUGUCCAAACGGCCGCUGCACUCCUGAUGGCCGCUGUCGAUGGAGAUUCUUUGGCCGGCGUUUGCCACGUCGGCGUCCAGCAGACGGCGUUACUCCGCUGGUUGGUCCUCUUCCCUCUAGGCCUCCACUUGCUCCUAGGCGGUGGAUUCCUGCUGGCCGGAUUGGCUGGUUUGGCCCGCAUCAGGCGCGUACUUAAAGAGCAGGGCCGGCCCAAAGCCGAAAAGCUGGAAAAAUUGAUGAUCCGCAUCGGAAUCUUUAGCGUUCUCUACUCGGUUCCAGCCGCCAUUUUGCUGGGCUGUUACGCCUACGAAGUGGCCUUUCAUGUCGAAUGGGGUCGGACACUCACCUGUUCCGGAUGUCCAUCUUCUCCGGACGCGACACCAUUGCCAUCCUAUCAAUCACGUCCUGACUUUUCCAUCUUUAUGCUCAAGUAUUUCAUGACUUUGGUCGUGGGCAUCACGUCCGGAUUUUGGAUCUGGUCGCACAAGACGCUGGACUCUUGGCGCAAAUUCUACCGGCGUCUGUGUCACUCUCGACCCAAGUCGUCGGUCCAGCAUCCACAACAACAGCCGCAACAGCUGCACCAUCAUCAUCAUCAACAACAGCAGUCCCUACAGCAACAACAACAACAAUUUCAGCAGCAGCAACAGCAGCAGUGCCAACUGAUGGGGGCUCCCACCGUUCCGCCCUUGCCCGGCCAGCAUCAUCACCACCCCUACCCGAUGAGUAACAAAUCGUCCAGUCUGAUCAAACAGCCAUUGAUGCAGAGCGUUCAGAGUCAUCUAGGCAGCACGUACAAAGCGCCACCGUUGAGUCACGUUUGAAAAAAAAACCCAAAUUUAAUUUUUUCAUCCGCCACAGCCUCCGCCCUGUGCACGCAAGGAAUCCCCCUCCCCAUUCCAAUCUGAAUAACUUGAAUUCAAACAUUAUCUCAUCAAGUUUAACGUUGCUAGGGGACCAAGUUUUUCUCCCCUCUAUUCUCUCUUUUCAUCCUCUUUUUCCCUUCUCUCCCUCUACCAUUGAACCAACAAGAGAGAGAGAGAGAGAAGUAGUAGGGGUCGCGUAUUGAUCGUGCGGAUUCCCCUCCGGUCCUCCUCCCCAUCCUCUCACAAUCCAUCCCUGUGUGUCAGCCACAGCCAAGGGACGUCGAGAAACGUAAAGCUAAAGCUUAUAAAGCCCACACCACCACAACUCUUCUUCUUUUUAAGCAGAAAAAAGAGAAUCGAAGAAGUUGUGUCCUUAAUCUUUUUUCAAGUUCAAGUCCAAUCAUUAAUGACGGAUUAACUCAAAAGCUUCUCCUCUUUUAUAACCAAAAAAAAAAACAUUUUUUUCGGUGGAAAAAAGGUGAAGAUGAUCCGGUCAUCAACAGGGGAGUCAACUCUCUUCGUCGACUGCACACACACAUACAAUUCUGGUUAAUAUUUUGUGGUGGCCAGCUAGAGAGAGAGAAAAGAAAUCGGAGAUGCGUUUUGUUUGUGUGUGUGUGUGUGUGUGAGGAUGCGCAGGCUAUGUCAACACUUUUGGACAACCCCUUCAAAACUCUCUCAACACACACACACACACAGAUGGACAAUAUAACGCUGAACUCAACGACCUUAUAUACAUAUAUAUAUAUAAAUAGUAAACUUAAACUAUAACAUAAUAUAAAUAUUUUUUAACUUGAUUGUCUAUAUAAAUAUUAUCUUGUGGCUCCUUGUAAUCUUUCUUCUUCUUCUUGCCUCCUCAGUUCUAGUCACGCAAUCCCCUUCUUUUAAAUUUUUUGGAAAACAUUUUUGGACCAGGUAGACAACAACAACAACAACAUUUUUUAUUUUCACCGUGUCCAAGUGUGUGCGCCAUUUGUUGAUAUUUAUAUUUUCUAUAUUUUACAUAGCGCUUAUGAAUUAAUUAUGCAAAAACAAAUCGACAAAAAAAUAAGUAUACGAAUCUGCGUCGUUGUAAUAAUAAUAAUAAUUUCAUGUCUGUACGUGUGUGUGUGUGUCUGUUGUGUCUGUAUGUGUGUGUGUGUACAACAUUUCCAUCAUCAGCAUUGGGGGCUCGGUUUGAAAUAGUGAAAAUGAAUUCUCUCUCCCCCCCCGCUGCCGUUUGUUUAUUAUUUACGUGAGUGAAAGAAGCGCUACCUGUUUUUGUCAAAACCGUCGUAUCGAGUGCGAUAAUAAACAAAAACUCCCGUCUC